AUGGCUAUGGAGGUGGCGCAACACAAAUGGAAGGAGGUGGUGACUGAUAAGGCGGUAGAGGCGGCGGGGACAGUGGAAGCACUCAUUAGACGUCGAGCUCGACGCACUGCCAAGGAUGAUGGUGGUGCUGUUGAUGGAGAUGAUCUGUCUAGCACUAGCAGUAGUGAUGAGGAAGAGGCCAAGAAGGACAAGCCUAAAAAUAACAAGAAUGAAGGAAUUGAGAACUGGGCUGGCUACAUAACUACUGGAUACUUUCCGGAGGUCCUAAACGGUGUCAUCAAUGGGGAUGAGACGGGAAAUACUAAGGGAGAAAUUCUUCCUGGUGUAUGUCCUCCACCUUCACUAGGACAUGAUUCACAGGAUGAGACGGGAAAUACUAAGGGACAUGAUUCACAGGAUGAGACGGGAAUUACUAGGGGACAUGGUUCACAGGAUGAGACGGGAAUUACUAAGGGACAUGGUUCACAGGAUGAGACGGGAAUUAGUGAGGGACAUUUUACUUCUGGUGUAUGCUUUCCACCUUCACUAGGACAAGAUUCACAGGAUGAGACGGGAACUAAGGGACAUUUUACUUCUGGUGUAUGCCUUCCACCUUCACUAGGACAAGAUUCACAGUCAAGUGCUUCAGUCACAAAAGGAGGUGAAAAUGAAAGAACCGUUGAAAAGGUUGAGGAGGAAACCGUCGAGUUGGAGUUCUUUGACACAGCAGCAAUUGAUAAGCUACACACACAUGAUGCAUACUGUCCUAACUGCAGUUCUCGUAUAACCAAGGUUGUCCUCCGAAGGGUAACGCGGGAAAGGAUUGUAAUACAACCUGUUGAUCGUGGUGACUGUCUAGUUGGAUGCUUGUCAUGCUUCAGUGUUUUCGAAAUUAUAGGAAAGAAGCUCAAUCCAUUCCCACUUUUUGGAGGUGGAGACACAAACUCUGUGCCUUCUAGGUCUGUAACUGAACGGGGCAAGCCAGUGGCAAAUGAAGAAGGAUGCCUUGAUCUGCAUUGGUUUUUUCGCAAGAGAAGGGAGCAGGACGAUGCUUCUCAACAGAAAGUAGCAGAUGGAAAAAAGACUGAGCCAGGGAAAAAUCUUAACCAAGCAAACAAUAGUGCUGAUUUGGGUUCAUCUCAUAAUCCAUUUGAAACACCACCUGGGAAGAACAGUCAUCCUUUUCCAAACGAAAGAUUGCCAUCAGCUAAUGAUGAUGCAGCUGACCAUAUAUCCCCGAAUAGUAAGAAACCCUUAGGAACUCCUCCAGCAAAAGGACCCAAACAUUCAGGGGGUCUUUUUGAUCUUGGAGAGGAAGGAGAUGAUUGCCGAAUUCCUAUAGAUGGAGGAGCUUCAUCAUCAACAGUGGAUCCCAGCAGUACAAGAAGACCAGUGAUUUCGGGUGUAGUCAAUGAGUCCAAAUCACUGGAGAUUGUAAAAAGCAUAGUAUAUGGAGGUUUGAUAGAGUCAAUUACAAGCUUGGGAGUGGUCUCUUCAGCAGCAGCUGCUGAUGCUGACACUGUGAAUAUUGUAACUAUUGGAGUGGCAAAUCUGAUAGGUGGAUUGUUUGUCAUUUGUCAAAAUCUGGUGGACUUGAAAUACAAUGUCGGAGGAGGUCCCAAUCUUAGUGACCACGCAGAUCGAUACAGAGAGUUACUUGGCCAAAGAAAGCAUUUCCUACUUCAUGCUACUUUUGCCUUGUUUUCAUAUUUUUUCUUUGGCCUUGUCCCACCAGUAGUAUAUGGCUUCGCGUUCCGUAAGAGUGACGACAAAGACUACAAGCUUAUAGCAGUUGCAGCGGCUUCUCUUCUGUGUGUCAUCGUACUUGCUAUUGCAAAGGCUUAUACACGAGGAGCAAAUAAGUUCUGUAAAUACUUCAAGACUAUUGUGUCCUAUGUUAUAGCUGCAGGUACUGCCUCAGGUGUUGCUUAUGCAGCAGGUCAUUUAUUUAAGAGGCUCAUGGAUGACUUGGGCUGGUUUGAAACAAAGCCUGCACCCUCUUUUUUUUCCCCUGAGAUGAUUUCACAAAAUCCAGCCUGGGCAUCCUAUUGAAAUCUUCUCUGUGGUAGUUUUACUCUUCGUUCUUUGUGAGCUUUCAGAACCUCUGAGAAUUUGGUUGUUUCCUUGGGAAUCUUGAUUAAGCUAAAUGAGUGUUUGCAUUGGUUUUCCUAUGUGAAACAUGGUGUGUCUUAGAUACACUAUGGAAAGGUUUGCGUGUGUAAAUGUAUUCCUGUAGUCAAGGGGUGUGUCACAAGGAUGUGGUCUCAAGGUCCAGGGGUGUUUUAUGUAUUUUCCCUUUAAACUUCUAUGUAUUCUCCAGUUCAUGUUUUGUAAGCUUUCGGUACCUUCGAUAAUUUGGAUGGUUUCUUG